GUGUGUGUGUGUUGGUGCUGCUGUUUAUGUGAGCAUGAGCAUACCCGGUUAUGGGCAGCGCUCGCACACACAUUGAAAAUCAGUUCGCGAUGGAACUUUGAGCGCUGCGUUACAAUUCAGUCCUGCUGCGAAUCUUGUGACGUUUAGACGCUUCCCCGGUGCACGCGUUGGCAGUGCGCGAGUUUUGUUAGAACUAGAAUAUAUACAAAUACAAAUAUUGAAUAUUAGAAAAUAAUGCUCGCGCGAAUUUGACAUAUAAUUGAAAAGUAAAAAGCCAAGGCAAAAUAUAUACAUACAUACAGCUACAACGAAAUAUUUAUUGUUAGCUCAGUGCAUUUGUGUUUGUUGUGAUGGGCGCUUGACCCAAGUUUAUAAACAGUGUGCUGUGGUCUUAGCCAAUUCGAGCUUGUAACUGUAACAAAUCAAUAUAUAAACAUAUAUAACUUAAAGUAGACUUUGCCGCUUUGCAAAGAUGAUGAUGAACGCAUUUAUUGAGCCCGCGCAGCAUCAUUUGGCUAGCUAUGGGCUGCGCAUGUCUCCCAACACCACCAGCAGCAACAAUAGCAACAACAAUGCACAGUUAGAGUUGCAACAGCAGCAACAGCAGCAACAACAACAACAGCAGCAGCAACAGCAGCAGCAGCAACAACAGCAGCAGCAGCAACAACAGCAGCAGCAGCAACAGCAACAACAGCAAUCACAACUGGAGGGCAGUGCCGACUCCAGCGCUUUGACAGCGGCGGCAUAUCAAAACUCCGGCUACGGACACUUCAAUAGCUAUGCCUCACGUGAUUUUCUGCUGGGCAGACGUGGCGAUGCCACAGAUUAUGCUGGCGCAGCUGCAGCAGUGGCGGCAACAGCACCCACAGCGGCCGGCGCCGAUACCAUGCUCUUCUCCAGCUUUCCAGCUCAGGCAGCCGCCGCGGAGCUGAGCAGCAGCUUUGGCCAGCAUCCGUUUCACAGUCAUCAUCAUCAUCAGCACCAGAUGCGCAUGGCGGACUAUGCCACGCAUCCGUAUGCGCAGCAUCAUCAUCACAGCAAUUUUCCGUCGGCAGUGCAUGCGGCGCAUCAUCAUGCCGCUGCCGCCCACGCCCAUCACGCCCACCACUCGCAUCACGCCAUGUCCGCCAUGCAUCCGGCGGGGGCGGGCGCCUUUCUGCGUUACAUGCGCCAUCAGCCAGCAUCGGCGACGUCCAGCGUGAAGCAAGAGAUGCAAUGCCUCUGGAUAGAUCCCGAUCAGCCCGGCAUGGUGCCGCAGUCGCAGUCCGGUCGCAAAACCUGCAACAAGAUCUUUCACUCCAUGCACGAGAUCGUCACCCACUUGACUGUGGAGCAUGUGGGCGGACCGGAGUGCACCACGCACGCCUGCUUCUGGGUCGGCUGCUCGCGCAACGGUCGCCCCUUCAAGGCCAAAUACAAGCUGGUCAAUCACAUUCGCGUGCACACCGGCGAGAAGCCGUUCGCCUGCCCCCAUCCGGGCUGUGGCAAGGUCUUUGCACGGAGCGAGAACCUCAAGAUUCACAAGCGCACACAUACUGGCGAGAAGCCCUUCAAGUGCGAGCACGAGGGCUGCGAUCGACGCUUCGCCAACUCCUCGGACCGCAAGAAGCACUCGCAUGUGCACACCUCGGACAAGCCCUACAACUGUCGCAUCAAUGGCUGUGAUAAGUCCUACACCCAUCCCUCUUCACUGCGCAAGCACAUGAAGGUGCAUGGCAAUAUUGAUGAGAAGUCGCCGUCGCAUGGCUAUGACAGCGAGGGUGAGGAGAGCUCCAGCUCGAGUAUUGUUACGGGCGGCGCACAGACGCCACCAUCGACGCGUCUGGAUGGCAGCGCGGGCAGCAGCAGCGGCAUCAGCAGCCUGAGCGGUGGCAGUGGCAUCAAGUCCUCGCCGCAUUCAAUUAAAUCGGAACCAAAUCCCUUGCAUAGCGUGCAUCUGGGUGCCUCGAGUAGCGGCAGCAGCAGCACCGCCAGCAGCAGUGCCUCGCAUCUAUUGCAACAACAACAACAGCAGCAGCAGCAGCAACAGCAGCAGCAGCAACAACAACAGCACCAGCAGCUGCUUGGUCAGUCACUGCAUGCCGAUACGAAAUCCUCGCCAGCAUUGCAGUUGAUGGCCUCGCCAGCGUAUCUGCCGCCGCCACUGGGUCCACCACCCUCGCAUCAUCAUCAUCACCAGCAUCACCAGCUGGCGGGCAGCUCGGUAGCCGCAGCAGCCACUUCCCCUGGUGCUGCAGCCUCUGCUUCUAUGCUGGCAGUCACCGGUCACCACAAUCAUCACUUGUUGUAUCAUCCGGCGGCGCAGCAUCAUCCGCCCAGCGAUUGGUAUCAUACGGCAGCGCCGGCUGGCAGUGCGGAGGCUAUGAAUCCAUUGAACCACUUUGGUCACCACCAUCAUCAUCACCAUCUCAUGCAUCCAGGCGCGGCGACAGCGUAUUGAGAUUGGGAGAACUGGUGGCCGGAAGAGCCGCCGCAGUCGCAGGCGGUUGCGUCCAUGUUGCCGCCAGAGGAGUCGUCGCCAUCUCUGGACUGGAUCUGCUGUCAGCGUCUGCAGAACUUGGCGCUAGUUGCGCAAUGUGAAAACCAAAUAUUUCUCAAAG